UCCGUUUCCUAAAAAUGUCUCACUGGUAGACCCCGCGUUCGACAACUCCACUCAAUGAUGUCCAUGCCACGUGUGACCUCCGAACGGUGCCGUUCAGGCGCGCCAUCAGUGAAUCAGCUGCCUCCGCUGAUCCUGCUGCUGCUGCUGACAACCGUGACAGGACAGAAUAGGAUCAGAAUUGAAAACCAAACGAUAACCGGCCUCGGACGGGGCAUGUUCGACAUCCAACAGGCCAUCUGGAUUCAGAUUAUCAACAGCGACAUUCAAGUUGUCGAGGAGGACACGUUUCUGUCCCGCCCGGGCGUGAACGACGCGACUCUGGAAGUCUUAAACACCACCGUACGCCACUGGAAAGCAAAUGACAUGAGUUCAUUCUCAAAAGUGUAUCUCCGCGGGACCACAAUCUCAGAACUGCACACGAAGGGCAUGCACAGAACACAAAGCGAAGGGGGCGGGGGAUAUCCCGCCAUGGAGGUCGAGUUUGACGCCAUUACAAUCGGCAAGUUGCACAGCAAUGCAAUAAAUCUUGGUGACGUAAAUGGCUCGCUCAGCAUGCAAAGCUGUAUAAUCGAAAAUAUGUACCCCGAUGCACUGCGUGCGCCUGCUUCGCUCAAGCUGUAUGUACAUGGAAACACUUUCGACACCAUAAGCACUGGAGCUUUCGCAAACGUUUGCAGUUGUUGGCUAUGGUUUAUCGAGAACACAAUGUCCAAUGUAGCGCCCCGAUCGUUGUACUUCGGCUCUGCCACUUGCCAGCAUCAGUGCUACCGAAAUCGGCCCUCAGCCGCCUUAAACACAAUCAAGAAAAACGUGCUGACUUGCGGACCACAGCUGGACUGGCUGCGCGCAACCAGCCACGACUCGCUCACAGAGCCCACACAAGCAGAAUCAUACCAAACCUUUCGCAACACCUCCUUCUGCGCGGGAGCCGCGCCUCGGACACCGGUGUGGCAGUACCUGCAAACAUCCAGUGGUGAGGAGCCAGGGCUGGAGAGCACACAGGAAAACGGCGGCGGCCCGCCCUGGUCUCUCCUGGUGGCCGUCGCUGCUGGGAGUGCCGCCGCUACCGCCGCGGUCACUGUCGUCGUCACCCGGCUGUGCAUCAGACGCAAGCAGCGAAGGCAUCUAGCUCAGGUGGAGAAUCUGCGAGUGGUGGCGGCCGGCCUCGACAGACACGACGCGGAGCGCGGCGUCAAGCAGCACCCCGCACAGCCAGAUCUGCAGGAGGCUGAAACCGGAGGAGGCAACCUGUAUGCUAGCCUGGAUGGGCGUCUCGACCGACGUUUUAAAGAUCUGACGGAUGUCCGAUUCAGCGGAGUCUGCUCGAACCUGUACGCCGACCCCUGCGGGCAACAUGCGGGCCUGUACGCGAUGCCCUGCACGCAGCACCAGUAUGAAAACGUGCAAAACAUCGCCGCUCGUCAACCUCCAGCCGACAGCGGUCCGAGUGCUGCGGAGGAGCAGCAUCAGUACGUCAACCUGGACGACCUUGACCUGGCCCAGGAAGGUCGUGGCUAGUCGGUGUGCUCGGUGCUGACGGUGCUGGCGGCACUCAGCUCAACGGAAUCAUCCAGCGCGUUUGACCUCUGUGAUAUGUGAGCGUGGUUGGUUGUUUCGAUUGUGUGCAAGAGGACGCAGUAAAGCGGGGCAGUGGCAAAGUGGAGAGAAGCUUGACACGAAUAAUGCCAUUUUCAGUGUCACGCUUGCGGAAGCUAAUGCUCAGGAGAAAGUUAUUGAAGUUCGCACUAGUACCUUGACUUGUCUGCAAUGACGACUGUGCGUUAGGACGAGUCCACAUGGAAAGGAUUUCCUGAGGCGGAACGGGAACCGGCGGGCGCGAGUGACUGUACCCAACGAGCUCAGCGAACGCUCGAACGACAUCACAUCAUGCGUUUUAGUUUAUGUUAUUGCCAAGCUCCGUGUGUAUGUGUGUGCGCAUUUGCGAGUGCGCAUGCUAGUGAGUACGUUUGUUAAACUGCACGCGUAUCCAGAAUAGCCACAUUGUGCAGGUUAUACGAAAACAUGAUUGGUUA